AUGAGAACGGAAACACAGAUGUCUUACUUCAUUCCAGCACCGCUUGAACCACCAUCUGACAUACUUAAUCGAGACGUUACAUUGGUUGAUCAUUUAGAAAGCAUCAGAAGAGUUCCAAACUUUCCAAUCGCUAGUUGUUUGGAUGAUGUUAUACCUCCUUCACAUGUACUCCGAAGGCAUCCAACAUUUGGCAAACCGAAUGUUCCUAUUUUAGUCAAACAAUUUCACUUUCUUGUAAUGAAUGGAGGAACGGAUAUUCACGCAAAUCUGAUAUAG